UGGCCUGACCAGCAGCCACCACCCACUUCAAGGAGACCCACUUGGUGUUUGACAGAUUGCACUAAACUAAUUUCCAUUCUUCUGGCGACAACCCGGAAGGUUUGAAAAUUGCAGACGCAAGAAUCAGCAGUUCCCCUACAUUAAGUCCCCAUCCGAGGCACCGAGGUCGUGUUGACGGACCAGAGUCCGCGACCUGAGCAUUUUCCCUACUUGAAAUCUGCCUGCUCCGAAAAAUGGUCGAGACGCACAGUUUUGGAGUGAAUCCGAUCACCUGCCACGCGUGGAACCACGACCGCACCAGGCUGGCGUUUUCUCCAAACAACAACGAGGUGCAUGUCUAUCGUCGCGUAGACAUUGAGUGGCGACUCGAGGAUGUGCUGAACCAGCAUGACCUGCGGGUCACGGGCAUUGACUGGGCACCACGGACCAAUCGAUUGGUUACCUGUGCUGUUGAUAGGAACGCCUAUGUCUGGACUCAGGGUGAUGAUGGCCGCUGGAGGCCCACCCUAGUACUUCUCAGGAUUAAUCGAGCUGCGACCUGUGUGCGCUGGUCGCCGCUGGAGAACAAAUUUGCAGUGGGCAGUGGUGCCCGCUUGAUCUCUGUUUGCUACUUUGAGUCGGAGAACGACUGGUGGGUGUCGAAGCACAUCAAGAAGCCCAUCAGGUCCACCGUUACGGCUCUUGACUGGCAUCCCAACAACGCAAUCAUCGUGGCGGGAUCGGCUGAUUUCAAGGUCCGUCUCUUUUCGGCCUUGAUCAAAGAUAUCGAAAAAGCUCCCGAAGCAAACGCUUGGGGCGGCCGUUCCACCCUAGGCGCCCUGAUUGCCGAGUUCCCAGCUCCAGGAAACAGCUUGGGAGGCUGGGUUCACGCCGUCAGCUUCUCGGCCGACGGCAACCGAGUUGCCUGGGUCUCUCACGACUCUUCGAUUUCCGUGGCAGACCCAAAGCGUCCGCCUACCCGUCUCAGGACCCAAUUCUUGCCCUUCAGGGCCGUCACGUGGGUUACACCUGACAAGCUAGUGGUUGCAGGGCACGACUGCUCGCCCUACCUGUACAAGGUCACUGCGGACGGGCAACUCGUCCUCGUCUGCAAACUGGACGUUUACAAAAAAAGGGAGGCCGGAGGGCUGAGUGCAAUGAGGAAGUUUCAGUCGCUGGAUCGGAACGCGCGCAUCGAGCCGUCGGACACUUCGCUUGACUCGGUGCACCAGAACGCAAUCACAAGCAUGUGCAUCCACAAAGGCACCAAGCAGGCGUGCGAAACGUUCAGCAGCACUGGGCUGGACGGCCAGUUGGUCAUCUGGGACGUCAACAACCUGGAGUCCGCCAUCCAGAAUAUGCGGCUCCAGUGAAUCACGGCUUUAAACAAUUAACGCUCAUUCCUGUCUACUUCCGUAACUCUAUUACGUAAAGCAGUUCUGUCUAGCCACAUUUCCUUUAAGUAUUGAUCACGAAUUAUUAAACAAUAAAACUAAACAGAGUGCUAUUUAAAAA